CUCUUUCUCGUGAAAAUGGGUUUUCAGUCAAAGCCUAUAAUCAUCGAUGCCCGAGGGCAUUUGAUGGGCAGACUUGCAUCCAUCACAGCAAAAACUAUUCUACAAGGACAACGUGUUGUUGUAGUGCGAUGUGAGGGAAUCAACAUCUCUGGUAGUUUCUACAGAAACAAAUUGAAGUACUUGUCAUUUUUGCGCAAGCGUCUGAACACCAACCCUCGCAGGGGACCUUUCCACUUCAGGGCCCCAAGCAAAGUCUUCUGGAGGACGGUGAGAGGUAUGGUUCCUCACAAGCUGACCCGUGGUAAAGAAGCUCUGGACAGACUAAAGGUGUUUGAUGGCAUUCCUCCACCCUACGAUACUCAGAAACGUUUGGUGGUGCCAUCUGCUCUCAAGGUUCUUCGCCUCUCCCCAAACAGACGAUUCUGUGUGCUGGGACGGUUAUCUCAUGAAGUAGGAUGGAAGUACCAGAACGUGAUCGCCACACUUGAGGCCAAGCGCAAAACAAAGUCCAAGAAAUUCUAUGAAGCCAAAAAAUCUAAUGCGAAUCUGAGGUCUAAAGCCAUGAAGAUUGCUAUCCAGAAGGCACCAGAAGCACAAAAGGUUAUAGAAAGCUAUGGAUUCGCUUGAAUUUUAUCUGUACAGACUAUUUAAAAAAAGAAAUAAAAAUGAAGUGGACAGUAUUUUUGUAUAAUAUGCUGUUUUGAUUAUUGGAAAAUAUAAGGAUGUGGUCAGAGUGCAGGGGCCAUACUUGCAAUUUCAGUACUAUGGACCACAUGUGAUAUGGGUGUUCAUCACAACAUCAAUUAUGUGUAUGGUGUCUUUAAGUCUAUGUUGAGAGAAAAUAUUCUAGCAUAGUAAGAGCAUUCAAUAUACAGUUAGCAAGUGUAACACAGGCCUUGAGUUUAUUGAUUUUCUCCCUAUAUCAUGACAUGUAUAAUUGUAAAAGAUUUUUGAUAUUUUCUCAAUAUGGAGAACUUUUUGAACACACGUUUCUCUUAAACCAGUCAUAGUAAAAAUCUAAAAAUUUAACACAUCGUCAAUUUAAUGGUCAUCUUUUGAAUGGUAACAAUAUAAUUUGAAAUAUAUAUAUAUACUUUCAUCUAUAUUGUUUUAGAAAACACAUUAAACACUUACAAAACGACAUACACACAACGUGUUUAGGUCUCUCAAUAUUGUAAUUGUACAAAGGAAAUUUUGGUUGAUUUUAAAAAAGUGUCUUGUUAAUGAAAUAAAAGGUUUAUCUUGAUUUUUAUCUAUUUUGGG